UAGUACAAAUUGUGAUUUCGACGGGGAAUGUUGCGCUGAUCUUUUAGCGUUCAUUGUUGUGAUCAACCAACUCGUAUUUUCGGACAAGCCACGUGAGGCGUGAAGCUUUUUGGCCAGUAAUAAUUUUAUCUGUGAGCUAGAGGAGCGUUGGAAGCCAUGACCAAUAGUGGUCACAAUGUGAUUCCUGAUGCUGGCGGCGGCGAUGCAGCAGCUGGCAGUGGUGGCAAUACACCAAUUGAUCGAGUUGAAUGGUCCCGCAACACAAUCCUGGAAUUCAUCGAAGACUAUCGGGGCUUCAAUGUGCUCUGGGAUCCAAACACCAAGGGCUACCACAUUAAGCAAGUCAAAUAUGAAGCCCUCAAGAAUUUAAGCCGCAAAUAUAGCACCGAAGUGCGUGUUAUACGCAGCAAGAUCAAGAGCUUACGAUCAUCGUUUCACCGUGAACAUGGUAAGGUGAUCAGUGGCAAGCGCAGGGGGGUCAACUAUCAACCCAUGUGGUUUGCAUAUGAAGCGAUACGUUUCAUUCUCGAAGGGGAGCGCAACGAAUUGGGGGGCGGCAGCAACUCAAGUUUUGAUGCUGCUUGUGGCAUUGGCGGACGUGAACAUGGUAUGGCUGUUACUGCUGCUGGUGAUGUUUAUACGAGUAAUAAUGCUGUUGGUGGCGAUGGUGCUUGUAUGGUCUCAAAUGGCAUUGAUGCGAAUGACGAACUGGUGACUUUCUUGAAGACAGAUCAACUUAAUGAACCACAUUAUGCCAACAUCAGCGCUGGAGACGUCAAAGCUGAAAUUCUUGAGACUUCAAAUACUGAACUUGAAAAUAUGACAAGAUCAGAAAAAUCAAAAUACAAAAAAUCAUUGGCCAUUAAAUCAAAACGAAGAAGGUCACCGAAAAAUAAUUCCAACACUCCGCAACUUCGAACCGAUAGUGAUAGCGAUAGUUUGGCAAGUAGUCCAUCGUGUAAGAAGAUGCGGAAAAUUGAUGCCAGUGAAUCGGAUGAGUUUGGAGUUUUUGGUGAAUAUGUUGGAAUAACAAUACGAAGGCUGAAGACAUCUAAAGCUCAAGUUGUUAUCAAGCAUUUAAUUAAUAAUUUGCUAUUCGAUGCUGAAAUGGGAAGAUACGAUUAUGGCAUUCCAACAUCUCGAGAACCGCCUCAUUUAUAUGCGACGACAGAUUGAUGUUAUGGCAGUUCGGGAGUUAUUGUAAUUUAGUCUAUAAGAUCAGGGAUACUUAAAGCUUUUUUUAUUUUGUUGUUUUAUAAGACGUAAUUCAAACUCAGGUACCUUAAAAGUUAUAGUCAAACCUAGAAAGGGUAUAUUUUUUUAAUGGUUAAAAUACAUAUGAUAAGGUUUAAUAAUUUGA